GCCAAGACAAACCGCACAGCAGCGGGAGACCGAUAAAGACACAUGUUGCUGACCGUGGGAGGGCCUCUGGUCUCCGCGCACGCUACACUACACCCGUUGCUGCCAAGCGCAAGCACCCUACACCCCUUUAGGCCGCACACCGGUACCAGCAGCAUCACCGCUACUGGCGAUUGCACCCGACGGCAACAAACGCGCCCGAACUCAGCAUCCUCGGGGCCUCGACUGCUGCAUCCCAGGGGUAGCGGUCCCGAUGGCGUACCGUCUUCUCUCUUCACGUUCCAGCCGAAGACGACGCCGAAGAAAUACCCACAGCAGAAGAAGAGAGCUGGCGGAGACUCUGCCUCGACCUCCUCUGCUCCUGUUGCUGGAGAGGAAAAUGUGCUGCGUGCUGGCUUGAUGGACGAAUCGGACCUUCCGGACGUGUCAGCUCUCCUUGUAGAGGUGUUCGAGCCAGGAGUCGUCCUCGCCGACGGCGAGUUCACCGGACUAGAGAGCGUCGUUCUUGGGGCACCGAUUGACAUGACGAACAACUACAUGAAAGCAGUGGCUUACAACGAGAUACUGUACUCGUUGAGGUCGCGAUGUGGCAACCGCCUGACGCGCGGGGACUUCGACCGCAGCAGCGAUGCCCUCGUCCUAGCCGUGCGGGGCCCACCCUGUACCAGCGGGAAGUCAUCAUCAACGCCCGCCACGCAGGACGGCGAUGCCGAUGGUGGAGUUGGUGGUGGCGGUGGCUGUGGCGCCGGACAAGUGGUGGCGGUGGUAGAACUGACGAUACGGAAGCCGGACGGUUCGCUACCGUUGAACUGGCCCUUCCCUGCACCUUGGCGAAGAGAGAAGCCACCCGAGCAAUGGCAGCCGUACAUGUGCAACCUAGCUGUUGCGGAGGAGUACCGAGGGAAUGGGUACGGAAAGCAGCUGGUGCGGCUCUGCGAGCACGUGGCGAAAAACAGUUGGGGGUACGAACGCAUGUACCUCCAUGUGGACCUGGGCGAUCCCGCUGCGACCGGGCUCUACUCGUCGAUGGGGUAUGAGGGCAUAGAGAAGUACGACGCGCCCCUGUGGAUGAGGAAGCUCUUCGGUUGGCCGACCAUUCGGUAUCAAGUUAAGCAAUUCAAGGGGAGGAAGGGCGCGCCGGCGUUGGCGGCAGCGGAAGCUGUUGGUCGGGACGACCAAGCUUGAGCCACCCGAUAGAGGAAAUGCGUGUGCCUUCGGAGUGGCGCGUGAUUCAAUCGUGAUCCAACUUGUCCCCAAAUCUCUCGCUCAAUAUGUAUAUGAGACUUUCCCUGGAUGUCUGGAGCGCGCGCGUUUCAUCAUGUCACCCCUUCCCCCCGCCCCCGUCCCCCCGAAACAAAAGCGUCCCGGGUAUUUCCUUAUCUACGAACGGAGGGGCGAUUUGCUAGGAACCGUAGAACGAGGCAAGCGCUCUGGGGGUAGGCACCGACAGCGGGCGCGUGGUCGUUUUCGGGUGGAAUUGAUGACGUGCCACCUCCCCUUGCUUGAGAGCUUGAGAGUACCCCCCCUGUGUUCGCGUCGGUGCAGGCGUAGAUAGUAAGGUAGGUGUGGGGAUGAUAUCACAGGGCCCUCAAUGCCCUUCGAUAGAUCGUAGAGACGGUUGGUUGAGAGCCCAGCAAGCAUGUUGGUCUGCACCAUUUGAGAAUAGGAGCAGCAACGACGCUUAUUGCAGGGCGGGGGGAGAUGCUGGGCAAAAUUUUACAGAGAGUUCGGGCGUACGCAGGAAGGAUGUUGUUGAUGUUCCCGUAAACCAGGGGAGACAAAGAAGCUAGGGCAGAAGGGUCAAGCAACCUGUAUAGAAGUCAGGCCAAAAUUAGCAGUCUCUACUAACUUUGCCUCAAUGUUGAUGUAUUGCAUUGCCAUUUAAGGUCUCGGUAUCUCGAAACGGACUUUGUUGGUCCCCAGCCAAGUGAAAAUUGGAUUCUAGAUGAGAGAGGACAGCGACCGGUGUCGCGCCCUCAUUAUGUCCCAUAAGUACUGCCCGGACUUUUGUUAGAACCUAAUUGGCAUAGUUUUUGUACUUACUUGGGAGAACAUAAAAUAGUCUACCUGUGAGUCCAGGCACCUUAAUCGAUUAGCCAGGGAGGGCAACACCGCCGAGAAUGAGGUGUUAUUAAAGUUUUUGGAUGCGUUGGAAUGUGCAGUGUGGACGCUCGACUCUUCUUCUGGUAGGUGCCAGGCUUUGGUUGAAGGUGGAUACAGAGCACGGGUGUGUUUGUAUCUCAAGAGUGAUUCCGACCUGCGAGUGUGUGACUCUUAAGGGUGUCACCAAAAAAGGAAAGACUCCCAACCAUAUUAUAUUCUCGUGGUGCUAUUGACUACCACCUUGGACUGUACGGACUGCAGAGGGAAGGCAAGGAUUUCCACCUUGUGAGCUCACCACAGCAUCAUCAUCCGCUUUAACUGCUGUGUAUUUGACACUACAUUUUGACAUUUAGACAUUUACGUGCCUUUUCAGCCGUUUGAUCAGGAAUAGGGUGAGAGUUGGGAGAGCCGGGCCGCACGGACGGACGCUUCGUUGGGGCAUCCAACCUUUCUUCGGAGUGAAGAGCACGCCUCCAACAUGAUUUGAGGGAAUUCGGUACGCACGUAUGCAUAGGACCUCCUCACUCGGCGCUGUGGAAACUACGGCUGUUUACACCGGUCGGUGUCUACGUAGAAUGGUGUAGUCUAGGCUAUGGUUGCAACCCGCAACAGGGUGGAAACAGCUCGUCGUAAGGUAUUAAAAGGGUUGAUGGGUGGUCGCGGUGCGACCAGUAGAGCGGGUUAUUUAGGCUUGUACUGCUGUAGACCUUCAAAGGACACGUCCUAGGCGAAACUACCCUUUUUUCCCCGUAAAAUUUCACCUCAGUUCGAAAUGACAAUGAUCAGUGAGAGGGCUUGAAGACCCCGACCUCGUGCUUCUCUGCUCGCCCAAUGUGAGAGCCCUGCGGGCUCACUAGAGCUGCUUCUUUUGUCACCAGCACACAAGCUCACAGCUAUGGACUUGCCAACAUCCGAUGUGGAGGGAUAAGGGCUGCAGGCAAGUGGCAAGCAUCCUCGGCUAUACAGCACUUACAUAGAGCAAUCAAUGGUAUAGAUUACCAUAUGACAAUAGCAAUAAACAAUUGUUAUUGUCAUUUACCAUUGAGUCUCUUUCUUCCCCUCGCUGCCUCGGCAAGGUUUUGCGUAGGCAUGACCCAUAGCGAGGGGGGGGAACAACAUAUUGGUGAAAUUGAGAGCGAAGCAUGAAAUUGAGACCGAGAGCCAAAAGAUGAAAAUUCGGGUCCAGACGCCUCUUGCCAUUUCUUGGGAAGUAGGGGGCGGGCUCUUCCGAAAGGCGGCGCAAAUUAAAGGUCUCAUCAGCAGCGUCACGAGCAUAUGCGUGUCAUCGUCAUCGGAUGCUGCAGCUAGGAGCUAGACAAGUUGCUAGAUUUCCCCAGAUUGGCUAUUCCUGCCUCAAACUGUUGCCGGGCGGUGUGGCCUCGGGGGGUGGGCUCUGCUGUAGCUUCUGCUCGCCGCUGUAACUCCACAUCGAGAGACUCCCACAGGAUGACCAGGGUAUCUCCUUAUAGCUACGGGCUGACCCUUCAAUUCAAGCUACACAGCAAGCUCCACCUCUCAGCAGUAGUCCAGCUGCAGCGCAUCGCGCAAUCUCGCUCUCAAUUUCAUGCUUCGCUCUCAAAUUCACCAAUAUGGUGUUGGGGAUGUUUCUAGCGAGCAGGGCUAGACUCGCCCUCAAGGGACCGAUACCUUCUUGCUGCGGCGCACCCGCCGCGAGGCGUGCGUAGUGGUGGAGUUGGGUCGGCACUGGUGCGUCAGGUGGUGACGAGCUGAUUGGGCUGGUUGACCGUUCGGCGCGAGAACUUUCAGACCAAGAACGUUAAGUGCAACGAGGGAGAAAGCGAGGAACCGACUGGGAAGGACAGCAAUGAGAGCGUGUACGACGCGGAGCGGGUCGAGUUUGGUCGUGCUAGGACUGGCCACAGCGGCACCGGAGCAGCGGCACUGGAACUGCGGCACCGGAGCAGCGGAACCGGAGCAUGCGGACGGCAUCGAACCGUGGUGCACGGACAACCAUCUCUCGUGUUGUCAUUUUUUUU